CGCAAACUGCGCAAACUCGCGUCACAGUUGGCACGUAAACACAGCAACAGGAAGCAGCUCGGUUGAAAUGAUUCCUAGCAGAUAGUAUGGAGAGGUGAGGUGUCAUCAGAGUGUAACCGAUAGCAGGGCAGCGUGCCGUGAUCAGCCAAUAGGAAAGCGGCAGUGCAAUGACUGAGUGCUUCCUGCCACCCAAUAACAGCCCUGCAGAGCAGCGGCGAGGUACGGAGCAUCAGAGUGGUGUGCCUCGGACCCCCAGCUCAGAGGAAAUCAGCCCGACUAAAUUCCCAGGGUUGUACCGCACGGGUGAACCGUCACCGCCGCAUGACGGACACCACCAUGAGCCCCCCGACGCAGCCUCUGAUGACGAUAAGGAGCACAGCAAGAAGAAGAACAAGUUCAAGAAAAAGGAGAAACGCACUGAGGGCUACGCUGCCUUCCAGGAGGACAGCUCAGCUGACGAGGCCGAGAGCCCGUCCAAGAUGAAGCGUUCCAAAGGCAUCCACGUGUUCAAGAAGCCCAGCUUCUCCAAGAAGAAGGAGAAGGACUUUAAAGUGAAGGAAAAAGGCCCCAAAGAGGAGAAGGCCAAGGACAAGAAGUCCAAGGACUUGACAGCGGCCGACGUGGUCAAGCAAUGGAAGGAGAAGAAGAAGAAGAAAAAGCCCAGCACCGCAGAACCGGAGCCUGUCGCUGUGGAGACACCAGCCACAGUCAGACCCAUUUUCGGUGCGCCGUUAGCUGAAGCAGUGAGGAGGACGGCACUGUACGACGGAAUCCAGCUGCCUGCCAUUUUCCGCGAGUGCAUUGAUUACAUCGAGAGCUACGGCAUGAAGUGCGAAGGCAUCUACCGUGUCUCUGGAAUGAAGUCGAAGGUGGAUGAGCUGAAGGCGGCGUACGACCGGGAGGAGUGCCCGUGCUUGGAGGAGUACGAGCCACACACUGUGGCCAGCCUAAUGAAGCAGUACCUGCGCGAGCUGCCCGACAACCUCCUGGGCCGAGAUCUGGCAUCGCGAUUUGAGGAUGCAUGCGGCCGCUCAAGCGAGGCAGAAAAACUGCACGAGUUCCAGCGGCUGCUCACCGAGGUUCCUGAAGGAAGCAGGCUCCUCUUGUCAUGGCUCAUCACUCACAUGGACCACGUGAUCGCCCGGGAGGCAGACACCAAGAUGAACAUCCAGAACAUCUCCAUUGUGCUCAAUCCCACUGUGCAGAUAGGGAACCGAGUGCUCUAUGUCUUCUUCACCCACGUGCGUGAGCUUUUCGGGGACGUGGUCCUGAAACCGGUGGUGCAUCCUCUGCGCUGGUCCAACGUAGCUACCAUGCCAACUUUACCCGACACCCAGGAGAGCAUUAAGGAGGAGAUCCGGAGACAGGAGUUCCUGCUGAACCGCCUGCACCGAGACUUGCAGGCUGGGAUAAAGGACCUGUCUAAAGAGGAGCGCCUGUGGGAGGUACAGCGUAUCCUCACCGCUCUCAAACGCAAACUGCGUGAGGCCAAGAGACAGGAGUGUGAGAGUAAGAUAGCACAAGAGAUCGCCAGCCUGUCUAAAGAAGAUGUGUCCAAAGAGGAGAUGUCUGAGAAUGAAGAGGAGGUCCUUAACAUCCUCCUGGCUCAGGAGAACGAGAUCCUGACCGAGCAGGAGGAGCUGAUCGCUUUGGAGCAGGUCCUGCGCAGGCAGAUCGCCACGGAGAAGGAGGAGAUCGAACGACUGCGUGCUGAGAUUGCUGACAUACAGAGCCGGCAGCAGGGCCGAAGUGAGACAGAAGAGUACUCCUCAGACAGCGAGAGUGAGAGCGAGGACGAGGAGGAGCUGCAGAUUAUUCUGGAAGAUCUACAGAAGCAGAAUGAGGAGCUGGAGAACAAGAACACUCAUCUGAACCAGGCCAUCCACGAGGAGCAAGAGGCCAUUUUGGAGCUCCGUGUUCAGCUCCGCCUCCUUCAGAGCCAAAAGCUGCAGCAGGAGCACACAGCUCCUCCCACAGUGGAGCAGGCCCCACCCACACAGCCCAGCCCAGAGGAGCGAUCCAGAGCCGAUGAGACGAUCAAACGCAACGUCCCCGUAGCCAUGGCAACCCCAGGCGAUGCAAACGUCGCUGCUUCAACAGCUACAGCCAAUGGGAAGCCGGGAAAGGAAGUUUUAAAAGCUUCACCUAGUAAAACAUACACUGUUAAUCAAAAUCCACCAAUGUAGAUCAAAUACAUGAUUGGCAUCUGUUGUAUUGUGGCCAGUGAGGUGGUGAUUUAAAGCUCAGCGCAUGCAAUCGCUCACAGGUUUGAACACUCCGGACCACAGUUAGGAAGAUGUGGUAAAAAGAUGAAAAAAUGGGUGAAGGUGAAGGGAUUAAACCACAGUGGGUGUGGAAGAGGUGUCAUUACUUAUUUUUUUUUUUUUUUUUUUUUUUUUUUUUAAGUGGUGUCGUAAACUAAAUUAAAAUAUAUCUCAAUUAAAUGAUAUCUACAAUCAAAAAGAGCUUUGGUUAGGAUUUCAUUUUCAAACCCAGGCAAUACUGAUUCCCAGGAAAAUACUGAUUUCUGUUAUUCUUUAAAUAAUUUUGGGAAAGUAUUAAUAUUAAUGAGCUACAUGCUAGAAAAUGGUUCAAAUUUAUUUCAUAAAGGGGAUGAAAAAUUA